AUGGAUAAGGAAGGAAUGUGGAGUUUCGCGUUGGCGACGGUGGUGGAGCUGCUCGACUCACCAACAACUGAUGGAUCUCCGAUCGCCGGCCUUGCUCUCGCCCUCAGCCGCUGCUGUUGCUCUUCGCCGCUCAUAGAAAUCACCUCGGCUGUGAGUGGCCUGGUGCUCGGAAAUUGCUCAGCCGCUGACCCCUGCUCUCGACUGCUCCUCUGUCAAGUCGUCGACUCUCGUCUAUGUCGCGGACAGCUCGACCUCCUUGUGCUUGGUCGCUGGGAGUUGGAGGCUUUCAAACGCCAGCAGGUGUUGCCCUCCUCGUCGUCUGACUAG